GGAGCCGCCGCGCCGAGAGCCGCAGCCGCCGCCGCAGUUAUAUGAACAAUACGGCGUCACCAUGAGCGGGGUGUUGAAAAGGAAGUAUGAAGAGCUGGGGGAUGACAGCACCUACUGCUCCUCCUCCUCCUGUUCCCCUCUGUCUUCCUCGGCGUCCUCAGGCUGGGACUCGGAUGAAGACAGCUCCCGUGGAGACAGCAAGCCCAGCUCUGCCAUAGCACCUGGCUUUACCCCCACGUCCAUCCUGAAGAAAUCCAAACGGCUGAAGAAGAACAACGUGGAGUUUGACCGGGUCACUGUGUUCUACUUCCCGCGCUGCCAGGGCUUCACGAGCGUACCGAGCCGCGGGGGCUGCACGCUGGGGAUGGUGAGCAAACACAGCUCCUCUCGGCAGUUCACGUUAGCAGAGUUCUCCAAGGAGCAGGAAAACGUUCGUCGGGAGAAACUGGAAGAGAAAUUGAAAGAGGAGAAGUUGGAAGCCUUGAAAUGGAAACUCACCAUGAACGGCACGAAGGAAUCAGAGGAAGCCAACCAGCUCACUAUUGAAGACAUCUCUGACGACGACAUCGACGUCAGCAACGUGGACCUGGAGGAUGGCUUUUUCCUCCAGCCCUAUCCAGCCAAGAAAAGGCGUGCACUGCUCAAAGCCGUUGGGGUGAAGAAGAUUGACAAGGAGGAGAAGCGGGAGCUGCACAGCAUCCGCCUGUCCCGGGAGGAUUGUGGCUGUGACUGUCAGGAGGUCUGCGAUCCCGAGACCUGCAGCUGUAGCUUGGCAGGCAUUAAGUGCCAGAUGGACCACACCUCCUUCCCCUGUGGCUGUACCAAGGACGGCUGUGGCAACACAGAAGGUAGGAUCGAGUUCAACCAGGCCCGGGUGCAGACCCACUUCAUCCACACCAUCAUGAAGCUGGAGCUGGAGAAGCAGCAGCAGAGCAGUGAGGGGGUGGCAGAGGUUGAACCUCCCUUCCGAGAGCGGUUGCCUCAGCUGGGCUGCACAGCGACAAAGGGGCCCUUGGAAGAACGCACGGCGCCGCUGGCCCCCGCCUUCCAGUUCAGCCCUGAGUUGGAAGCCCUGGGGGAGAACAGCUGCAGCAGCGACAUGACGGACUCCUCCAUCUCCUCCCACCCCAGCGAGGACCUGGAGGAACCCUAUGAGAGCCUCCCCUCCGACAAGUCCCAGUCGGACAUCGAUGACGAUGGCUUGGCACGCAUCCUCCACUUCAACGAUUCGGAUGCCGAAGAGGAGGCAGACCGCUGCCAGGACAACCUGAGCUGUUUCCACCCUGCCGACUUCUUCAUUGAGGACCAUGGCUGCGAGGCCAAGCCCGGCCCUGGGGCCUCAUCCCACCUGUCUGAGUGCCUGGACGAGAACGCCAACCAGGACAGUGGUGGGCUGCUGGAGGAGGCCAUGCACGCGCGCUGUGAUGGGGUGUCAUGCUGCGCCCCAGCCCCAGCUGAGUCGUGUUCCAAGAGCUAUGCUGACCUCAGCCUUUCCUCUGACUCCUUGGAUUUCUUCCAGUCCUUCUCGGACUAUAACUUGGGACCCCUUUACAACUCCUUGAAGGAGUAUGAGAACCUUGAUAACUUCUCAGCGUUACAGUUUCAGUUGCCUAAUUUCCCCGGUUUCCCGCAAGCUGGAGAUCAGGGCUCCUGUUUCUUGGAGUCUCUCAUCGGUUUGUCCGAAUCCGUCCCCGAAACCCCAGCCCCUUUCACAGACAAUCAGCUUUUGGAGGACGCCAUCAAGUCAUCGCUGAUGGAAACGGUGAAGGUGUGAAGCUCCUGGCUGGCUGGGGAUGCGAAGGAUUGGCAGCAUCGUGGUGCUGAAACCAAAGCCGAAGAACGGUUGGACAGGCAAACUUUCACUUGUGCUAUGUGAAAAGGAUUUAAAAAAAAAACAAAAUCAGACUUUCUGAGCAGACAAACUAUUUUUGGUCUUUAUAGAAUGUGGACGUUUUGACAUACUGCAGCUACAAUCAGUCCUCUUGCUGUUUGUGCAAAAAUUUCUAAACUUUCAUGAUGGGGUUGGGGGACGGG